CUAAUAAACAUGGUUGUUGACGUGUUAUGGACGACUGUAGUGUUGUUGCUAUAACCUCGAUGAAAUAAGGAAAGUUCAAUGUGAAGAAGACGAAGAGGAGAUAUCCUUACCGAGGACCAGUCAGCUCACAGGGCAAUUGAAGGAAGCAGAUACUAGACAGAAAACAUGUCUUUGGAGAACGAUUUCUUGGAGGCGGUGAGCAAGAACCAGGUUGAUGAAGUGCAGAGAAUUCUCAACCUUGGUGAUAUGAUUAAUCUUCAAUGUCGAGAUGGAGAAGGGCGUACGCCACUCAUGAUUUCCAUACAGGAAGGUUUCUUGGAUGUUAUUAGUGCGCUCCUUCAGCAUGACAUUUACAUUGGUGACGCGCUGUUAUUGGCAGUAGAGGUACAGUUCGUUGGAGCAGUCAGGGUACUAUGCCGAUUCUGUGAAAAAGAACAAGUGAAGACGAGCGGUAAAGAUUUCGUGAAUGGUUUUUCUUCAAGUGUGAUGUUUUCACCUGGGACAACCCCGCUACAGCUUGCCUCCAGAUUAAAUGACUACGCAAUAGUUAAAAUACUUCUAGACCACAACGCCCGAAUGCCGAAACUGAACACCGUCAUCGCUCGUACGACAGAUGACAUCUUCGAGAAAGCCUUGGCUCAGCUGCAUUGGUACCAGGCCAUCACGAGCGAAGCCUAUCUGCUCCUAGCUAGUGAGGAUCCCAUGGACGCCGCCUUCUGGCUUGCUGACCAACUGCAGACCAUGUCCCACAGCGUAACACAACUUAAGGAAGAAUAUGACGAGCUGAAGGAUAACCUCGAGCAGUUUGUCACCAGGCUCCUUGGCUUCGCCCGCAAUCUGGACGAGAUCGAAGCCGUCCUUGGCGCCCAACGCUUCGUGACGGAUGAGUCGAACACGGAGUGCCGUACGGAUCGGGAUGCUCUACCGGUCAGACUGACGGAGGCGAUCCAUCUCCAAUUCAAAAGGUUCGUUGCCCAUUCUACGUGUCAAGACUACAUGCUGUCCCGUUGGUAUAGCGGUACCAACAAAACAUGGCGGACCUUGUCAUACGUUAAAACUGCUGCCGUAUCAGGUAGUCUGAUGGCUAUGUGGCCCCUCCUCUGCAUAUUCUACAUCAUCGUGCCUUCUGGACAAAUUGUUAACUUCAUACGAACUCCAUACGUAAGGUUUCUACUACACACUGGUUCCCGGCUCUCGUUUAUCCUCCUCCUCCUCUCGACCCCAGUGACGUCACUUCACGUCACGAAGGUCAAGAACGACAAUGAUGACGCAGUGCUAAUAUCAUUUCGUAGAUACGAAGAGCUUCGGGUUAAUCACGUGGUACCAUGGUUCAUCACUGUCUGGAUUUUAGGCAUGACGUUAUGGGAGGCGAUGCAAGUAUGGCGAUGUGGCAUUUAUAACUACUGCGCAGCCGCCAGAAACUGGCUGGUCUCUUUUCAACUCGGCUUCUACUGGGUCUAUAUCACGCUCAACAUUGUCUCAUUUGUCAAGAUCAACAGUGCAAUGCAUGUUCUUCAGUCGGCCGCUUCCCAACCGACCGACAACGCAACAGGUUCUCUUCCACCCCGAUGUGCCGUUUCGCAAAAGCUUGUUCUCAAUGCCCAACUACCAACACGCUGUCUGACUGAGAAGGGUGCAAUACCCGGAGCAGCCCCCAUGACGUCCGACCACGCAGAGACCAUGUUGUGGUCCCCGUACGAUCCCAUCUUCAUCGCUGAGGCUGCCUUCGCCGUGGCCAGCGUGCUGACCCAACUGAGUCUCCUCGACCCUAUGGUGGUCAUGAACUUCGUAGGCCCACUGCAGAUUUCACUUUGCGGAAUGCUCAGAGACACGGCUAAGUUUAUACUGCUCUUCAUCGUCGUGUGGACGGCGUUCUCGCUUGGACUGACGCACGUGUACCGGACGUUUGAGAUGAUAAGGAAAGAGGCGUGCGGGGUGAACUGUGAGACUGGAGCGUUUGGAAGUUUCUACCAGUCGAUGAUGACCCUCUUCUGGUCCCUCUUUGACCUCAUGGACCUCGAUAACCUCAUGAUUGACCCCUCCCUGAGGUUCACUGAGACUGUAGGGACAAUGAUGUACGUCUGUUUCUCCGUGGUGGGCGUGGUCGUCCUGGUGAACGCCCUCAUUGCUAUGAUGAGCAAUACGUACACUCGGGUGGAGGAAAACUCUGACGUGGAAUGGAAAGUCGCACGAACUCGGCUCAUCACAGAUUACCUAUCAGAGAGUUUAACCAUCCCACCUCCCUUCAACAUUAUACCAUCAACCAGGGGACUGAGGAAACUCUACCGAAGGCUUGUGGCGAUCGUCGGUAGAAGGCCCAGAUUACAUCGUCUGCGAAGAUCUGAUGCCGGUAAAAACUUCCAGCACGCUGGUUACAAGCAUAUCGUGAAGAAACUUGUGCAGAGAUUCUUAUGGCAAGAGAAGAUGAUGAGAGCCCGCCAGAAACACAGAGACAAGUUGCAGACAGAUACACUGGUCAGAGAAGCUGUGCAGAUGGUCAGAUCUGGUUCUAAGCGAAAGAGUAUACUCCGGAACACCUUUAGCAACACGAGUCGAGGUGACCCGUACCUGCAACGAUUUCAUCGCAAAAUGUCCGCUGACCUGAUACGUGAAUCCAGUCAGGAGACGGAGGAAGCCUGUUUUUAAUUUAUUAUUAUUUAUUUAUUUAUUAUUAUUUAUGUGUAAAAAAAAAA